CUCCCGGCUCCGGGGACACGGUCGCCACGGCAACGCGGCCCUACCCGCCCCAACGGACCGGGGCCCGGGCUGCGGCGUCCGGCCUCGUCGGCAGAGCCGGCGGCAUGGACAGCCUCUUCGUGGAGGAGGUGGCCGCCUCCCUGGUCCGGGAGUUCCUCAGCAGGAAGGGCUUAAAGAAGACAUGUGUGACCAUGGACCAGGAACGCCCACGCUCUGACCUCAGCAUAAACAGCAGAAAUAAUCUCCGCAAGGUUUUGCAUCUUGAGUUUCUCUACAAGGAGAACAAGGCAAAGGAAAAUCCUCUAAAAACAAACCUUGAACUCAUCACCAGAUACUUUCUGGAUCACUUUGGAAAUCCUCCCAACAAUUUCACUCAAGAAACACCAAUCCCUGCACUCUCAAUUCCAAAGAAAAAUAACAAAUUAACAUCAAGGUGCUCAGAGACCAUGCUGGUAAAUAUAUAUGACCUUGCAGAUGAAGAUUCAGGAAGGAGAACAUCAUUGUCAGAAACAAGCAAAGCCAGGCACGACAAUCUUGAUGGGGAUUUGCUUGGUAAUUUUGUAUCCUCGAAAAGGCCCCCACACAAAAGUAAGCCUAUGCAAGUUAUCCCAGGUGAAAGCCCUGCCGUGGCCCCUGCGUGGGAGAAGAUGGACAAGCUUCUGUCGUCAGAGUCUUCCUUGGACACCAAGAGGGUGGGCGAGAAGAUCAGGUCAAAGUCUGGCCUGAUUGUCCGAGGCAUGAUGGCCGGUCCUAUUGCCAGUUCCCCGCAGGAUUCCGUCCGCAGACGCUCCCUGAAGUGGUCCCCGGCCUUGAGCAGCAGGACCCAGGCCCCCGACUCCGAGAGCCGGAAAGUGCCCGAGCUCUCUGCCCAUGCCCCAGCCUGUCCCACCACCCAGGACGGCCUGGCUUCCAGCCCUGGCUCCCCUUCCAGGAGCCCUCUCGGUGAGCUGACUGCAGAAAAGCAGAGAACCACACCCGGCAGCCCCCGCCACUUGUCCUGCAAAGGGCUGCUGCGGAGGGGAAGCGGCAGAUGGCAAGAGCUCGAGGAAGAUGGCCCAGCUGUGGACAGCGGCCCAGAGGCCAACAGGACGCCGUUGAAAUUCUCCUUGCCAGGUGGGAGUGCCAGGAUGACCCAGGAGAGGCUGGAAAGAACAUUCAAAAGGCAGGAGAGCCAGCCCCUGCCCCUCAGGAAAAACAAGUUGCCAGUGCCCAACAAAGCUGAUGGUGAGCUGGGUGUCCUGCAACUUGAGGAUGUGGAGGAUGAACUGACAAGGGAAGAAGUGAUCCUGUCUCCAGUCCCAACGAUGCUCAAGCUGCAAAUAGUGUCAAAGCCGAUGGACCUUUCAGUGGCCAAGGACAUAAAGACUCUUCUGUUCGGUUCCAGCUUUUGCUGUUUCAAUGAAGAAUGGAAACUUCAGAGUUUUUCCUUCAGUGACAAAGCGUCAUUAAAAUAUGGCAUCGUGCAGAACAAGGGGGGUCCCUGUGGGGUUCUGGCAGCUGUCCAAGGCUGUGUCCUACAAAAACUCCUAUUUGAAGGAGAUAGCAAAGCUGACGGCGUUCGGCAGCUGCAACCUUCCAACGCCCGCAGGACCCACUGCCUCGCCCUGGCCAUCGCAGACAUGGUGUGGCGGGCGGGAGGCCGAGAGAGAGCUGUGAUCACACUGGCUUCGGGAACACAGCACUUCAGUCCAACAGGGAAAUACAAAGCAGAUGGAGUCUUAGAAACACUCACACUGCACAGUUUGACCUGCUAUGAGGAGCUGGUGACUUUUCUUCAACAAAGUAUCCAUCAGUUCGAAGCAGGUCCCUACGGAUGCAUCCUGCUCACCCUGUCUGCCAUCCUGUCCAGGUCCACGGAGCUUGUCCGCCAAGACUUUGAUGUCCCCACCAGCCACCUGAUUGGAGCACAUGGAUACUGCACCCAGGAACUUGUCAAUCUGCUCCUGACCGGGAAAGCUGUGUCCAAUGUUUUCAACGACGUGGUUGAGCUGGAUUCUGGGAACGGGAACAUCACGCUACUCAAAGGCAUUGCUGCACGCAGCGACAUUGGAUUCUUAUCUCUCUUUGAGCACUACAAUGUGUGCCAGGUGGGCUGCUUCCUGAAGACGCCGAAGUUCCCCAUCUGGGUGGUGUGCAGUGAGAGCCACUUCAGCGUCCUCUUCAGCCUGCAGCUCGAGCUCCUGCGAGACUGGAGGGCCGAGAGGCUCUUUGACCUGUACUACUACGACGGUCUGGCCAACCAGCAGGAGCAGAUCCGGCUGACCGUUGACACCACCCAGACCGUCCCUGAGGACAAAGACAAUGACCUCAUCCCGCCCCUUGAGCUCUGCAUCAGAACCAGGGGGAGCAGGACACACAAUUACCACGAAGAUUAUUUUUCUCCGAAUGACAAGAGAUCCUUUUGCUCAUCUGAAAAGGAAUGGGCUGGUAUAAGGUGUGUAAAAUAUUCAACAGAGGAAAAUACAGUCUUUACACACCAAGGAGUUGCCUGCAAUCAAGAGGAAAGUAAUUUGGUAAGAGCAGAGUAAGUGUGAGUCCCGUUGCCUCUGGAAGGCUGUCCCUCUCAACCUAAAAGCUGGAGACGGUGAUGCAGCAACUGAGGCAAGGACAUCAUGUAAGACCGAAGAGCAGGAGCCUGAGGGAGGACAAAGGAGUCCUGGACAAAGAAGUUCCGAGGGAGUCUGGGCUAUUGGUGGAGGUGGAGAAGGUUGGGUUUACAACCAACCAGCGCUGAAACCUCACAGUGCUUCCGAGCAUUCAGUUGGGAAAGUGCAGCAGUCUUCCUCAGGGAGAGCCUGCUCACUCACCUGUCGUGGUUCCCAUCUCAGGCAGACUGGACUUUCCAGUGCAGAUGCACGGCGAAAAUGAGGAAAGCUUCCAUUUUUUUUUCUUCCUUUGUUGGCUGUUAAGAUUUUUUACUUCCGUCAGAAGAAAAGCUUCAGGUUUUGAAAAAGUCUGCUCCCUCCCCAAGCCCCACUCCAUGCAAAGCAUUUCUAGAGCCCAGUUUCAGACUCUGCACCCUCGCCCUGCUGUUGAGGUAUGCAACAUCUGCUUCCUAGUCCCUAUAAUCUCAGGAUGUAUGUAUAUGUAUUAGAUACCCAGUGCCAGCUCUUGCAGGAAUAUUCCAUCCCCUAGAAAUGAUUCUUCUGAGUUGCUUUAGAAAACUAGUGUGCCACGUAUGAAAAUUAGGUGUUGGGGGGGUGCCUGGGUGGCUCAGUCCGUUAGGCCAUUAGGUG